AUGAUUGACGCGGCCGCCGCCGCUGGAGUGAAACGAUUCAUCAUCGACGACUUUGGGUGGGGCCCGAACGUUCGGGGAUUGCCCGAGUUCAAGGAAAUCCAGUCACAGCGUCGGGCGGGUUGGGACCAUGCGAAGGCGGUCGCCGAUUCUAAACCGCAAUUCACCUUCACAGGUAUCUCCACCGGAAACCCGAUCGACUGGGCGCUGAAACGGUUCCCAACGAUGGGGUUCGACGCCACCAGAUAA